UUGGCCCGGCCCCCGCCCGCCGCACUGCUCCAGCCGCCGCCGCACCAUGAGGUUCUCCGCACUCUGCCGCCUAAGCCGGGGAGCUGCCGCCCCGCUAGCCGGGAGGAGGGGGAUCGCGCCCCGCCGGGGCACGGCCAGUGCCUGGGGCCGCUGGGAGAAGCAUCAGGCUGGCGGCGCGCGGGGCUCGGCUGCCGGAAAAAUCAUUCAGAGUUCAAAGAAAGUCCUGGCAUCCUUGCAGAAAGGACACCCUACAUUUAAGCCAACACUUGCCAUUGUACAGGUGAGUGAUGAAGAUUUGGUGCAAGAAAUAAACCAGAACUUUGCCAAAGAGAUUGGUCUGCACGUUAUUCACAUUUGCCUCCCUCAAGGUAGCAGUGAAGAUGAGAUUGUUGGUGAAAUCUUGAGACUCAAUGAAGAUCCUACGGUUCAUGGCGUUGCCCUUCACCUCUCUGAAAAUGCAUUCAGCAGCAAAAUAUUAAAUGCAGUAAAACCAGAGAAGGAUGUGGAUGGAGUAUCAGAUGUGAAUCUGGGACGGUUGGUGCGUGGAGAUACUUACAACUGUUUGGUUUCUCCCACUGCCAGCGCUGUGAUGGAGCUUCUUGAAAAACUAGCAGUUAAAACCGUAGAUGGAAAGAAGGUGUUGCUAGUGGAAACUUGUGGGCCUCUGGAAGCCUCUUUGCAGUGCCUGCUUCAGAGAAAAGGUGCCAUGACUAUGAGCUGCCAGUGGAAAACACAGCAACUUCAGAGCAAGCUUCAUCAGGCAGAUGUGGUGGUGGUAGGCAGUACCAAACCUAAAGAGAUUCCAGUCAGUUGGAUAAGGCCUGGAACAACCAUUGUCAAUUGUUAUCCUGACUUUUUAUCAGGGGAACAUGGUUAUGGUCAAGAUGUAAAGUACAGUAACCAGUCUGCUAUAGAUGCUGUAGGUCCUCUGACAAUAGCAAUGCGGAUGCAGAACAUGGUAAAAACCAGCGAGAAAUGGAUCCAGUCUCAGCAAUACAGGGAGUGGAACCUCCAUUGCUUGAAACUUCAGCUCCUCUCCCCAGUGCCCAGUGAUAUUGAGAUUUCCCGAGGACAGAGUCCAAAAGCUGUUGAUGUACUUGCCAAGGAGAUAGGAUUGCUUGCAGAUGAAAUUGAAAUCUAUGGCCAAACCAAAGCCAAAGUACGUUUGUCCCUGCUGGAAAGGUUAAAGGAUCAAACAAAUGGAAAAUACGUUCUAGUUGCUGGGAUAACACCUACACCGCUUGGAGAGGGGAAGAGCACUGUCACGAUUGGUCUUGUUCAAGCUCUAACUGCACAUCUUAAUGUAAAUUCCUUUGCAUGUCUGAGACAACCUUCCCAGGGACCUACUUUUGGAGUUAAAGGUGGGGCUGCUGGAGGUGGAUAUGCUCAAGUCAUUCCAAUGGAAGAGUUCAACCUUCAUUUGACUGGAGAUAUCCAUGCUAUUACUGCUGCUAAUAAUUUGCUGGCUGCUGCUAUUGAUGCAAGGAUCUUGCAUGAAAGCACUCAGUCUGAUAAGGCUUUGUAUAAUAGACUGGUUCCAGUAGUUAAUGGUGUGAGAGAAUUUUCUUCUAUUCAGCUUGCCCGCUUGAAAAGGUUGGGGAUAAACAAGACGGAUCCAGGCACUUUAACAGCAGAUGAGAUUAAUACAUUUGUACGCCUUGAUAUUGACCCAUCUACCAUAACAUGGCAAAGAGUAUUGGAUACAAAUGACCGAUUCCUACGAAAAAUAACAAUUGGACAGGCAAAUACAGAGAAGGGAUUUUUCCGACAGGCUCAGUUUGACAUUGCUGUUGCAAGUGAAAUCAUGGCAAUCUUAGCACUGACCACCAGCCUGGCGGAUAUGAAAGAGAGACUGGGAAAAAUGGUGGUGGCUAAUGACAAAAAUGGACAGCCAGUGACAGCUGAGGAUUUGGGAGUAACAGGUGCUUUGGCAGUUUUGAUGAAGGAUGCAAUUAAGCCAACACUAAUGCAGACUUUAGAGGGAACUCCAGUAUUUGUGCAUGCUGGACCGUUUGCUAAUAUUGCACAUGGAAACUCUUCGGUUUUGGCAGACAAGAUUGCCCUGAAGCUGGUUGGAGAAGAAGGAUUUGUGGUAACUGAAGCUGGUUUUGGUGCUGACAUUGGGAUGGAGAAAUUCUUCAACAUCAAAUGCAGAGCAUCUGGCUUAGUUCCCAGUGUGGUUGUGCUUGUUGCUACAGUGAGGGCUUUGAAAAUGCACGGAGGAGGGCCAAAUGUAACUGCUGGUGCCCCUCUUAAGAAGGAAUAUACAGAAGAGAAUCUCCAGCUGGUAGCUGAUGGCUGUUGUAAUCUACAGAAGCAAAUUCAGAUUGCUCAACUCUUUGGAGUUCCUGUUGUAGUUGCUCUAAAUGUCUUCAAAACUGACUCCCAUGCUGAAGUUGAUUUAGUCUGUGAGAUUGCAAAACGGUCUGGAGCAUUUGAUGCAGUGCCCUGCAAUCACUGGUCAGCUGGCGGUAGAGGAGCUGUGGAAUUGGCUCAGGCUGUGAGAAAAGCUGCCAGUCAGGAAAACCGCUUCAAAUAUCUGUAUAACUUGGAGCUUCCUAUUAUUGAAAAAAUAAGGAUCAUAGCUCAGAAGGUUUAUGGAGCUGAGGAUAUAGAAUUGUCUCCUGCAGCACAAUCUCAAAUCAGUCGUUACAGCCAACAGGGUUUUGGAAAUCUUCCAAUUUGUAUGGCAAAAACUCACCUGUCCCUCUCCCACCAGCCUGAGAGGAAAGGUGUUCCAAUUGGCUUCAUUCUUCCUAUUAGUGAUGUGCGGGCCAGCAUUGGAGCUGGGUUCAUCUACCCAUUAGUAGGAACGAAGCUGCUGUCCUUAUCGCCAGCCAUAUAAAAUUUGUUUGUGACCCACUUCUGACAUCACAUGGCAUGAGCUAUUACUAGUCCUGUAGCUGAAUCAUGGAAUGGUGCUAGAGAAGGGACACAGGCAUUACUGCAUUUCCGGAGGAGAACUCUUGCCUGGUGUUAUCUCAUCUUCCCAGAACGCAGCAUGAUUUCCUUACAAGGCAGAGCACUGGGGAAUGGCUGAGAGCAUCUAACUUAUUGUUUUAAAUUCCCUCUGAAACAAUCAAAUGUUAGAAGCAAGGAAGGAAGUUGUUCCUGAGGAGGAGAGGUCCUGGAGUUCAGGGAACUGUGUCAUUAGGACUCACUGACCUUGGGGAUAUGCUUUCUAUGUACAUGACAUGGGUAAGUGCAUUCACCACAAGUGCGGCACAGUGGCUGCUAGGAUUUUCUAAAAGUGCUGUCAAUCAUAUGGUUGGACCCUUCCAUGUACAGUUAGUAAAUGACACUCAUAACAUCCGAUACUUUGAUGAAUAAGACUAAACUCGAAUUACUGACUAUAGAAUGAAAUAAUUAAAAAUUUUCUUCUUACUGCCAAAUUCCAGCUUGGACUGUACACAUACAUAUGGCCAUGUGGGGAAGUGAAAGUCAGAUUCCGUCUGGUGCCCCAUCAAAUUCAUGGAAAUGCUACUCUUUAGGUUGCCAGAGAAGGAUGUGCUGGGGUUGGGCGUAGUAAUGAGGCUUCGUAUGCAUGUUUUAGUGCAUACUAGCCCUGACUGAGCAUAAAUCUGUGUCUUAUGCAGAUUACUGUUAGGCCUAACUGCAGUAAUGUGCAUGGGGAGGGUUGUCCAUGGGUCAGUGGUGGCCAGAAUAAGGGCUAAAGUGUGCCUUUUAUAGUGUUUGUCCAUCUGGGACAGUUAUGCCAGUUUCAAGCCUGGAACCGAAAUUUAGGUGAUCAUUGAGCAGAUUUUGCAUAUGUAAUUUCCGACUGGACGGACUUUGAAAGGCACAUGUGAGCCAGGCACACUCUCUUUAAUGAGAGACAUAGUGCUCAUAUGUAGAUCUUUUUCAUAUCAAGAACUGAACAGACAAUUUAAUGUGUAACCGACAGUAUGUCGGUAUGUACUUUUAGUCAUUCUUUAUUAUUAUGUUUUGUAUUCCAACAGAACCUAAAGCCUCCUAUUGUGUACACAGAGUAAGUGUCCAAAGAGUUAUAGUUUAAAUAGACAGACGCUGCAUGUAACAUACAAACAGAAUGAUCACAUGAUUCUAUGCAAGAGUCAUAUUAAUUCUACAAUUUCCUCUUUUCUUGUUGUUUAGUUGAUUGUUUUCAAUAGUAUACUUUUAACUAGUUUUUUCUAAUAUUGCUUACAUAAGGUAAUCAUAACAGCCCCUCUUUAAAGAUUUGUUGGCACUUGUAAACUUGUUAAGCAAGACAUUAUAAUCCAGUGACCACUAA